CUAGACUUGUUUGUUUCAUUUGAUACGAAUGCUUCUAACUAGCGUUAUAAAGCACAACCACAUUGAACUUUACUCUGUUGUUGUGGACAGGGUGAACUGAACUCUGGUAGUAGAUACACUAUUAGUAUCAAGUCAUUUUCUUUCAAUAUUUCAUAUUACAAAGGACAUUUUUUGCUGUUUCUCCUUUAAAUAUUUGUGCCAUAAAUUGAGGGUAAGUAAAUUAACUAAGCUUAAAUAAAAUAAGAUUUAAAUCAUUUUGUUAUAUAUCCAAAAAAUACUGAAUAGGUAUGAAUUACCAGUUAUUAUUUUGACUCCAAGGCCCCACACUGUAUUCAACAAUAUUCAAAGGCACACAAAAUCUCCAAACUUCUACCCAAUAACAUAUUUCAGAGCUUGAUAUUAAACGGCAAUUAGUUUAUUGAAUAUAAAAAUGGCCAAAUAAUCAGAAACAUCUUGUUUUUUCGUCAUUUUAAAAUGUAUUUCAUUGCUCAUUUUGUCUCAUUUUGAGUGAUCAGUCAUAAUAUUGAGAACCGCUCAUUUACACACUAUAGUCAGAUUUUAACAAGCAUUUAGUACUUGCCGAUAUUUGGACACAAAAUACAACUUAUAGACAUUUUGUUUGUGGUGUUUGGACAUGAAUCUUUAUCGUGAACUACUAGAUGUAUGUAUGCAUGCAAGUCCUCAUCAUGAAUGCAGUUGCAUGUUUGGAGUAUACAGUAACUUCUAAUCGAGGAAUGGACUGAAAAGAAUAAGAAAGGUGAAUUGUGCUGUGCCAUCUGACCUGAGAUCUACAUUAACACCACUUCCUCCUCCCUGCCUGGGCCUUAUGCGCAUGAGUUGAGUACUUCAAUGCAAAAGCGUCUUACUUAUUCUUCCUCCCAAUCUCUCCCUGCAAAGUCCCGAGAAUAUGCAGAGGAUAUCGCUGCCGCUCUAGAGGCGCAGGAGGAAUCAGGACAGCUGAAGACCAAGCGGUUGAGAGAGUACACCAUUCAGUCCCACUCCAGCAUGCCACCCAACAACACCUACAUCAACUUUGAGCGCUUCGCCAGCGUGGUGCAGGACAUUUCUCUAGUGGAGAUAGGUCUCGAGGACGUGGCCCAGAAGCGUGAAUGUCUUCAGGGGGACGUGGAGGCUCUUUUGUCCAUCUACAGUGAGAAAGAAGCCCGGUACAAAGAAGAAAGCGAGAGCAUACGGAAGGAACUGUCACAGGUGCGCUAUGAGUUUCGUAAGGCGGAGGCCUUGAGAAGAAGCCUCAGGGAUGAUCUAAAGAUGACUGACGCCGGUUUGACCAGCAUUAGCAGACGCUACCUGACGAGAGAAGAACAUCUGAGUUCUCUCAGACAGCAGCUGAAUGCAGAACUUCAUUGGAUGCAGGAGGUUAUUGAGUCAUUGAAUGGAGACGCUGGGAAUGAGGUUGGGUUCAGUCUCAACACUGAACAAUUAGGUGAUUGAGGCUCUAAAGGAGUUUCUGAGUCCUUAAGCACAUCAAGACUUUUUAAAGUCUGACUAAUGGAGAUGGGACUGAAGUUGCAAUACAGCACACUGGUAGUAAGAGCAAAGUAUGCUGGUUAGUCGAGUGCAACUAGGGAGUGGAGAAUGAGUCAAAUGGUUCAUGCACCCUGCAUUUUAGGAGAAAGGCAUUUCAUUUUAGAGUUUGGUUUUGCUUGGCUGCAGCUCAAAGAUAAACAUUUUAGUAGACCAUAGAAGUAGAUUUUUUGAUCAGUUUUUAUUUCUUUUCAGUAAAAACUAAACACACUUAAAAGAUUAAUUUAUUUAAAAUUGUUCUAAGAUUCAAAAAGAUUCUUAGUUUAUAGUUUAUAAACAUAAAUUAACCAAAUUCAAUGAGGUUUAUGCUUAAAACAACAAUUAAAACAAAAAGAAGGAAAGAAAAAAGGUAGGGUAAGAAAAAAUAAUAUUCACAGUUUAUCAUCUGAAAACAGGUUUUGUUGACUUGCCCAGUUUUCUUCUUUUUAGGAUGUUUAGACUUUUGUACUAAUCAAAAAUUUUAAUAUUAAAAUGAUUAUAUUAUUAAUAUAUGACUUUUAUGUUGUACUUAGUUUUUUUAUAAAUUUAAGAUAUCUAUAGAUAACUAUUAUAUUAAAAAGUUUUCCUUUUUUUAAUAGAAGAACUGACCAGUUCAAAACAUAUUGUCUCUUUUAUGAUUUCAUUCCUUUGUUAUUUCUAGCAUGUUAUGUUUAUUUAAUUUUUUCUUUCUUUAUAUGUAUUGUUUUAUUUUAAAACAAAUUCAAAGUAGGCUACACACAUCCAAAUAUCUGCCAGGUACCAGAUACAAUCUGUUAAUGCAUGUGAUUCAUUAUUUUCAGAGUAACAUGUCAAAAUAUUUAAUUUAAUUAAAGCAGCAUCCGUUUAUUUUUUCAUCCUUUGUGUUGCAUUACAUGAAAAAGAGCAUGAUUAUAUAAUGUAGAGGCCUUUAAACCAUUUAAGCGAGGUUUGAAACGGUUGCUUUGACGUGUUCAGUGUAGAUAGACAGCUUCUAGCUGUGGGCUGUGGCUCAACACAAUGCGACAUCCGUCCAGUCUGGAGUAUACAGUCACGAGCUAAAGGCUGCGUCAGUGAAUCUCUGUCAGACAGAGCCGCACCAUAAUUAAAGUCACCAUGAAACGGAAGUUGCGAUUGACUUCUUUUCUGUAUCGGGAUGUAUAUCUGAGUGAAACGGCUUCUGAAAUUUGAAAAAAUGUAGGUUGGGUUUUAUUUUGCAUUUACCUUUUUGAUUGGUUUGUUGUAUGUUAGCCUGGAGGGGAGGGCUAAAAAUCCCUGGCCAUUGGACAGUCAGUAUAGUCCUACCUCUUUUUUGUUGCUCACGUCAUGUGGUUAAUUGAUUUUGAGAGGGCGAGAGGAGCUCAAUGUUUAAGAUAACUACUGCAAAUACAUUUUGAAAAAACAGUGGCGUGCACAGAUAAAUCAUUUAUAAUAAUCACUUCAACACUGUGUAAAACAUUUUGAAAGCUUGUUUUGUUUAGCAAUUUCUUAAGCACAGAUUUCAACUUUUUAAAUAAAAUCAUAAAUGAACACAAGAGUUGUGAAAAUAGAAAAGGGCAUCAGAUCUGCGUAGCGGCAGCUCUUAAUGGGGCCACAUUCUUUAACCUGCUGCUGUGACUCCUGUCACUAAUGUUAAUAAAAAUAAAAAAAGAGGAAUUCAGUGUGUUUGUAGCUUUAAUUUUUUAUUUAAUUUAGCAUUAAAGAUUGUAAAGUGUUUGAGAAGUUAAUUCAAUUUCUGUAUAUUUCCUGUUUGAUAUGAUAGCGUUCAUUUAUACUGUACUUUAAUGUUGAGCGGGUACGAAUAAUGUUAAAAUAAAGAACAAAUAAUCAAUUUAAUGGAGACAUCGAUUGCAUUGCGAAUAUCAGAAUGUUGACUUUCAUUCAUAUAAUUAUGUUUUUUAAAGAAAUCUGAUGUUUCUACAUUAAUUUAGAGAUUAAAUGUGAAGUUAUUAGAAAGCAAAAGUAUAUUUAAAAACAUUAAUGUAACAUGUGAUUCAUCGUGAUUAAUCACAGAAAUAAUGUGUGAUUAAUCAAAUACAUUUUUUAUCGAUUGACAGCAAUAUUUAAAAUAUAAUUUAUUCGUUAAAAUGUGUGCCUUAAAGAGAUCUUUGUUGCUUUUUUAAAUAAAACAAAAGCUUAAAUAAACUUAAAAAAAGGAAAGUAAAAGUAUUCACUUUUAUUUAAAAUGUCAUUUUAGGAUUUUUUUCUGCUGACACUUUCAGAAAAUCGUAUUUGUGAUAAAAAAUAUAUAUAUAUUUCAUUAGUGAGCAUCCAGCACUUUGUUGCCUCAUCAUCUCUCGGCCAACAUACUUGACGUAAACAGUGAUGCUAUGUCUGUCUACACUUUGAUAAAGCACUGCAAUGAUUAUAUACCUCACGCUUAUCAUUAGUGUGCAGCUGGCUGUGGUGCAUUGUGGGAUUGAUGGAGAUAAAGUCAAGAGGUGCUGAUGUAUUUGUUGGGAAUCAUGGUUGAGGUUAAGGGAUAAGAACAAUCCCAUCACUCUAAAUACAUGAAACAUACAGUUGUCGGCUCUUUUGCUUUCAAACCACCCAGAACGCACUAGUGACACAUUAACAACAACUCUGAACACCUCAGCAACCACAAAGCAACGUACUACCAAUCAGUGGUGUUGUCGGGGGCAUACGCACCCAUACGCCGUAUUCUUACUUUACCACAUUGCUGUUUGCGUAUAACGACUUCUAAAGAUCUAUAUUAGCUUAUACCCACUUGUUCUCCUGCUUAACGUCUCCAAGCUGCUUAUGUGGUUGCUUUCCCUUUAACCGUAUCGCGUUCAUAAUUCAGUCAUACAAUUGGUGCAUUUUUUAAGAAAAUUUAUUGCGGCCCCACCACCGACAACCACGCCAAGCGCAUCAUCUUCAGUGUUGGCAACUUGCCUGCGAGAAGCUCAUCCCGUCAAUGACUGAAAGAGUCCCGCUGAAGCCGUCAGCUAAUAUUGAUAAAACUGCUGACUUUUAGUCGAAGCUGGUUUAAAGGGCGCUCACCGGCAGUGGCUCCUCUUAUCUGGCAUUGACAUUGAAUUCACAAGUUCUCUUGCGCUGCUUUAUCUCUUUACGAUAUUGCAGUGCGUCGCAAUUCUUUGGUAUCUGUCACAACUUUUAAUACUAGCUUUCUUUAAAUGAAACAAAUCACUUACAUCACCCAUCUGUUUAAAGUCAGAAUCCUUACAUUUUCAAUGAAUCCUCGUUUCCAUUAAAGUAAUUGUGAACCUACUUGUUACGUUUAUUCUACAUUUAAAAUAAUGUAGUCUGUUUUUAUCCACAACCUUAACUUCAUGCAUUAAUAUCUUCCCCUUAAACUAUUAACAAGUAUUGACACAGAGAUCGCAGUGAUGACAAAGUGACAUCUCUAUUCUGUAAAAUCUUGCAUAUGCUUUUACAUAUUCUUGUAUAUGUGAUGCGUUACAAAGAUAUGAUGCUGUGAAAAAAAGAUAUUGUAUUGUGGUCGACAGUACUGGCAUAGACCUGUUUUUCCCAACCUUAUUUUUUCCAAUUCUAUAACUUCAUAUUCAAAGCAUAAGCGAAGAAUGCAUAAAUAUUUAACUGAAAUAGUUGUCAUAUAUUACUAGAAAAACAACUCAAACAAACACACUGACCCCUGUCUUUUGGCCAUGUGUGGUCGGGGUUAUCGUUGUAUAGUAUAGUACACCACUUUUUUUGUUAGGACUACACCACUGCUACCAAUCAUCCUCAAGGCACUGGUAUCAUGGCAGAUGGUUGAAUGUUAAUCUCUUUCCUCACUUUCAUCUCACUGGUUAUUUCACAAUUAGUCAUUGCCAGGGUUUUAAUCAAACUGGUUUUGGUUAUUUUU